AUGACCACGAUACAAUCCUCACUUGUUCUUCUACUGGCAAUCCUUGUGGUGUCUUUGGACAUUGUGAUGGCUGUCAGCAACUUACGUACGACUCAGCGCAAGUUGCAAACGUACGCGCAGUACAGUGACUAUCGCCAAGAGAUGCUGGAUGCAGUGAAUAUAGAGCGAGUGAAAGCAGGUCUGUCAGCAUUGUGUACCAACAGCAAGCUAGCUGAUGCUGCUAUGGGCCACUCGGAGGAUAUGGCUGUCAACGACCACAUGACCCACGCUGGUUCGGAUGGCUCUACUUUAUCGCAACGCGUCACGGCCACUGGAUAUGAAUGGGACGCUAUUGCUGAGAAUGUUGCUGUCGGUCAGAAGAACGUGGUUUCUGUUGUCGAGUCCUGGAUGAACUCAGAUGGCCAUCGUGCCAAUAUCUUGGCUAGCGAGUACACUAUGCUUGGCGCAGCGUAUGUCUAUCGUGGCGACACGACGAACAAGCACUACUGGACACAGGUCUUUGGCACUGGCGAAACUGAAACGUGCGACAGCGGAAAUUCCGCCGUUUCACAGAUGACCGAUCAAAAAGCCCAGCAGCAGACCCAGGACUUCGUGGCAGCUGAAGCUUCUACGACCCCGUACACAAUAGCACAACCAAACACGGAUCCGGCGACGACUGUAAUUCCAGCAACGACCACUCAUCCUGCAUUAGAGGCCCUCGCUGCCACCACGUCGCCCUCCACGGUGAAGCAUCCGGUCAUCACUGAAUUUUCUACCACCACUGAGGCUCUUAAGACCUUUGAGACCCCUGUUGUCGAUUUUCCAGCCACGGUUAAAACCACCAAAUGCAAAAGCAAGAAGUAA